UAGAGAGAGAAAGUGGUUUCUACAGAGAGAGGGGAUGGGCAGGCCUCCGUGUUGCGACAAGUCGAGUGUGAGAAAGGGGCCAUGGACACCAGAAGAAGAUGCGAAGAUACUGGCUUACAUCUCUGGGCAUGGCACUGGUAACUGGACCGCUGUUCCCAAGAAAGCAGGUUACAGGAGUUCUUCUUGGCUGAAAAGAUGCGGAAAGAGUUGCAGGCUAAGGUGGACAAAUUAUCUGAGGCCAGAUCUGAAGCAUGAUCGCUUCACUCCGCAAGAAGAGGACCUCAUUGUCAGCCUCCAUGCUGCCAUAGGAAGCAGGUGGUCUUUGAUAGCAGCCCAUUUGCCUGGGCGAACCGACAACGACAUAAAGAAUUACUGGAACACGAAGCUCCGGAAGAAGCUCCGUGAGAUGGGGAUAGACCCCGUGACCCACAGGCCGAUCUCUCAGAUCCUAGCCGACUAUGGAAACAUGGGUCUCACUAACCCGCUAAAAUACCAUGGCCGCCGACACCACCACUACCGCCACACUAGCCUCAACCCCGAGCCCGAAAACAAGCUUACACCAAACUUAGGAGAGCUGCAUCAUUUCAAUCAAAACACAAACAACCUCCCAUCCACUCAAGAAGCGGCUGCUCUGCCUAAUAAUUACAAUAAUCAUCCAUGGGACCUUCUUGCCCAAAUCCACGCCAUCAAAUUUGCCUCUGAGGCUUCCAACUGUAGUUCUGAAACACCAGUUAUAGCCGAAAAUGCCAACCCGGUAACCAAAAUCUCUAAUGAAGCGGCGACGGAGACGGAGACGAGCCAACAAGUCCAAGACUAUCCCGAAUAUUCAUCAUCUAACUCAGGGUUUACUUGGAGCGAGUUUCUCCUCGAUGAUGAGCUCUGUGCCUCUCAGCCUAAUGGCGACACAGAACUGACCCCAUUGCUCUUUGAAAAAGAGAUGAAAGAAGAGAAGGAUGUAUUGGGUCCACUUCAUCCAAUCCAGAUGGUAGACGGCGUCGUCGGAAGUCCGAGCAUAUCACCUUCCGGCAGGGCCUGUGAUGACUCGUUUGUACAUGGAUUGUUGGAGGGAGAUAGGCAAUCGCUUUUGUGGGAGUUCCCUGAGCUCUUUGAUAAUCCUUUGCCUUGGUGCAACCAGUAACCACUGGAAACUCCUCCAUUUGUGUUAAGAGUGAAAGUACUACCAUCAAGGUUGAGGUUUACUUGUUUUUUAGUGUGGUACGUGUUGCUUGUGUAAUAUCAACCAUAAUAACUAUAUGAAUGGAUAUAAGCUGAGCAAAAGUUGUAAUAACAUUGUGUUUGCGCUCCAAUUUGCGCU